AGUUGAUAAAAGAUAUAUCUGAUUAAAUAAGAACAAGUGAUUACUUAUCGCUAGUUGUUUAGGAAACUUGAAUUAUCCCGAUCGUAUCAAAAAGUCACUAACUUAAGUAUCGACGUUUCUACACCCUUUGUGAUCUACAAUCCACUUUGUUUGUCUGACUGUUCCCCAUAAAUACCGAGUACCCUUAUCGUACCCGUCCUAUCAACAAUUGACAUUCGUAAAACUUUGUUACUUGUGAUUCCUCCAUAUUUAUAUCACGAUUCAUCAACAUCACCAAGUACAUCCAUUUGCUUGAUCUUUGAAUCUUGAGUUACAUUCACUUUGUGUGCUGGUCUGUUAUCUAUUUUACACCCAUCAACUAAUUCCAAAUAUGAGUGAGAUCCAACGGUUACCUCCCACCGCUGCCCACUUGAACACAUCUGCACCAGGGGAGCCUGUUCAUCCUAAUGCCAAGACCACUACCCAGGUGAAUAAUGGUACCACUACCACAAAGACAAAUAUUUCAUCUCCUGUGUGUCAUAACUGUAAGACGCAGACAACUCCGUUGUGGAGAAGGGAUGAAACUGGUCAGGUGUUGUGUAAUGCCUGUGGGUUAUUUCUUAAGCUUCAUGGAAGACCACGUCCUAGUUCUUUAAAGACCGAUACGAUCAAAUCGAGGAACAGAGUGAAACAAUCGGGCAGCAACUCCACCAAGUCAUCGGCUCCUAACACCCCUAAGUUGGAGUCUAAAGAUCAUGGAACCACUCCAAAGCCUUCUAUCAAGAAAUCUCCUAAACUUUCUAAGAAGAUGGACGCUUCUCAAACUCAUGCUUCGGGAACCCCUCAAGUAUACACCCACCAGUUCAAUAGUCCAACAUUGCACUUGCAAAAUCACCAUUUGUCUCACACAGUGCAACCGUUACAUUAUCCAUCUUCAACUCCUACGAACUUUGCUCCGGGUUUACAGAGAAUUACUUCUCCGUUGUUGCUUUCCAAUACUUCUUCGAUCUCCAACACCAGAAACAGUAACGCUGCUAGUGCCGCAAACAACUCUAUUCACCAAGCCGCAGGUGCUUUGGAAAACAUGUCCAACGAAUUGGGUCCAAGUGCUACUUUCCAGAUGAACAAAGUGUCGACUCCAAUAUCCUUGAUUAAUAAUAAUAAGGCCCAAAUAAAGAGAGAACAAAGUCCAGUUUUUUCCACACCUUCACUGGCUCUUAAUUACCUGAAGCCUUUGACGCCAACCACAGAAAGAACGACGAUAAACUCUCCUAGCUUUGGUCCUCAGUAUCAUUUAUCACAGACCAACCCAAGUCAUCUUUCAAUGGGGGCAUCCAGUACACCGGAAACUUUACCUCCUAUCCAACAAGUGGCUUCUUUAGGUAAACCCAGCUUGCCACACAUUUCUAACCUAGCACCACAUCAACCUCCGGUUCAAGGAAGUAAUAAUGGUGGACAUAACAACGGUAACAACAACAACAAUAAUAAUCACAACCAAAGCAACAAUGAGAAUAGCGACAGCUCAGGAAACCGAGAUGGAGGCAAUGACGGCGAAAGGAAGAAGGACGAGGAAAUCACGAUUUUGAAGACGAGAAUCAGUGAGUUGGAACUUGUAAAUGAUUUAUACAGAACCAGAAUAAUGGAGCUUGAAGCCAUGGAGCAAGCUGCAAGACUCAGAGAAAACUCUAUGAGAAGAAGAUUAGAUGAGAUUGUGAGUUUGCAAGAAGGAGGAGAUGCAAAGAGAGCAAAGUAUGAUGUGUGAAUAGACGACAUUUAGAUGAUUUUCUUGACGUAUAUAUAUUUAAGUAGACAAUUUAAUGAUUUGAUUUUAACGCUCGAAGGUUUGACUAGGUUUUAACAUCAGGUUCUUCCCUACCAAUGAAUUGUUUGAACUUCAACAACUCAAUGAUAUAUUUGACGUCUUCAGCCAAGUAUUCAUCGACUUUUUGACUCUUCUUUGAUCUAUCAUCACUAUAUUUCUCAAAGUACAAUCUUAUGGUUGCACCUGAAGAGCCGGUACCAGAUAAUCUCAAGACAACUCUCAACCCGCUGAUGAACUUGAUGAAUAAACCUUGGUUAGAAGAUACAGAACCAUCUAAAUCGGUGUAGCUAAAGUUGCCCGAUUCUUUGAUUUCGUAACCAGGCAAGCUUGACUUGGUUUCAAUAAUUUUUGUCAAUAUGUUUAUGAUGCUGUUGGCUCCGUCAGAAUCCACAUUUUCGUAGUCAUACCUUGUGAAAAAGGUUCUACCAUACUUUUCCCAAAACUUGUCUUGCACCGACUUGAUACUUGGUUCCUCAUCAGGGUAUAACUUGUUAAAUCCUGCCAAAACGUUCAACCAAGCAAUAAUGGCCCAUAAACCAUCCUUUUCUCUGAUAUGGUUAGAACCGGUACCAAAACUUUCUUCACCACAGAUACUCAACUUCUUAGAGUCGAAUAAGGAGCAGAAAAACUUCCAGCCUGUAGGGACCUCGUAGCAGUUCAAGCCCUUGGCUUUGGCAACCAAGUCAAUAGCUGCUGAAGUCGGCAUUGAUCUUGCCAAUCCAUAAAUACCCUGUUCCUUGAAGUAAGGAAUGAAAUCGGCAUACUCCGAGAUAAUUGCUACAGAGUCUCCAGGAGAAACAAAGGUCUUGGCCCCAUAAAUCAUGUUUCUAUCACCGUCACCAUCAGAAGCAGCACCGAAAGAAAUGUCAUCACUAUCAACUUUCGACACUAAUGUCUUUGCAUAAGUCAAGUUAGGAUCUGGAUGUAAACCACCAAAAUCAGGCAAAGGUACGAAGUUCUGAAUCGAAGACUCAGGCAAUCCCAACUCUUUGACAAAAAUUUCGUAUCCGUAAGGGCCAGUGACACCGUUCAAAGCAUCAAAUAAAACGGUGAACUUUGGGUUGGCAGAGAUGAACAGUUUGAUCAAGGAGAAAUCGAAAAUUGCCUUUAACAUGUCCACAUAGUCUCUGGUAGAAUCAAUGAUUUCCACUUCCAAGCUACCUGCCUUGAAUACCCCAAUUUUGGAGAGAUCUAAUUCCUCCACCUCGUCGAUUUUAAUCUCCGAGAUCUUCUUGGACACUUCGAAGAUUUUGUUGGUCACCAGUUCGGGAGCGGGUCCCCCAUUCUCCAAGUUGUACUUUAUUCCCAAGUCAUUCGUGGGCCCACCCGGAUUAUGUGAAGCCGUCAAGAUUAUUCCUCCAGUGGCCCCUUUAAUACGUAUAACAUGGGAGGUAGCAGGAGUAGAUAAGAUACCGUUUUGACCGACAAUUAACUUUCUAACACCGUUGGCAGACCCGAUCCUGAUGAUGAGCUGGAUGAUAUGGUCGUUGUAGUAGCGGCCAUCGCCACCAAUCACCAAAGUAGCAUCCUGAGCACCUUGUGGAAUCGCAUCCAAGAUGGCUUGAAUGAAGUUUUCACUAUAGUGCUUUUGUUUGAAAACAGUGACUUUCUUUCUUAAGCCUGAUGUUCCAGGCUUCUGGUCCAAGUAUGGACUGGUUUGGACGAUCAUAGCAAUUGAGUAAACAAAAUCUUUGAAAUUGGUUUACUUUUAAGAAGAAAGUUGUGUGACGGGUUU